ACAACAUCUUUCAACUGCUCCGGCCUACACAAUUACUGGAUUUGGGUUCCUCAAAGGCCUGUGCAAAACUGCUUCCCCACUCCGCUUGGACGAUCUUGUGCUGAUAGGGGCUACGGCCAAAGCUACGAUCAUGUGCCAGGAUAACAGCAGUUGGCAUAUAUUCUGCACACUUUCACAUCAGAGUUGUAGAUUAUCGUGUACCUUGAAUCAAUAGGGAACACUAUUGGUUUGGAUGUGGUUUCUUUGAGAUCUAGAUUGUCAGAGUUUCAUUGAAGCAUUCUACAAAAUGGUUGCUAUUGAGUAGCUUGUAGAAGGUUUCCAUGUUUUAAGGACAUAAUGGCAGAGGCACAUAAACUUUUCUACAUCAUUGUAGUUGAUGAUUAUUCGCCAGACAGAGGGGAAGGAGAAAAAUCACAUUAUUCGAUUCUACAAAGGGAAAAUCGAUCGUUUCGUUAUACACGUCCAGUUUUGCAAAGCACAUUGCAGUUGAUGGGUUGUAAACAACGACAUGCAUUCAAGAUUAGUAAAAGGGUCUUUGAUAUCAUGAGAAAUGAAAUUCCUGUCAAGACCAGAGAAAUCGAUGAGAAUGGAAGCUCAUUAAUAAUUUCUCAUCAGCAUUUAUUUGAGGCUGGAGAAGGCAUCAUAACAGGUGGCUCCAUUGAACAAGGAAAUCAGAAGAAAAAAGAAGCUUCUGAGAAUGAUGUUCUGAAUGACAAUGACAAGAAACCAACCUUAUACAAGAAGCGGAUUUCAGUUGUAGCAACAAGGGAAAAUUUUUUGGAUGUUGUUUGUGAUUCUCUUGCUGAAUAUCGUUACAUGGGUCCAAAUCAAAGAGCUGACUUGGUUAGAGCGUGCAGAGUACGAGAGCGAAAGGAAUCAAUGACUAUUUUGCUUUGUGGUACAAGUGGAUGUGGAAAGUCAACUUUAUCUUCUUUAUUGGCUAGCAGACUUGGCAUCACAACUGUUGUUUCAACGGACUCCAUACGUCAUAUGAUGAGGAGUUUUGUGGAUGAAAAAGAAAAUCCUUUAUUGUGGGCCUCAACAUAUCAUGCUGGUGAGUAUUUGGAUCCAGUUGCUGUUGCAGAAGCAAAGGCUAAAAAGAAAGAGAAAAAUACUGUGGGACAACCUGCAAAUGGCCAGUCUACUAGAAGAGAGUCAAAAGCUGAUCGUUGUCUUGGAGAUGAGACGCUGAGCCAAAAAACAAUAAUAUCUGAUAAUUCUGCACAUGGAGAAAGAUUUGAGGAUAAUAUUAAUGUGGAAUCUGUUGGAUCCAAAGCUAUGGCAAUUGAAGGAUACAAGGCACAGAGUGAAAUGGUGAUUGAUAGUCUUGACAGGUUAAUUACUGCCUGGGAAGAAAGAAAGCAGUCUGUUGUGGUAGAAGGAGUGCAUUUGAGCUUGAAUUUUGUGAUGGGGCUCAUGAAGAAACAUCCAUCAAUCAUACCAUUUAUGAUCUACAUUGCAAAUGAAGAUAAACAUUUGGAGCGUUUUGCUGUUCGUGCAAAGUAUAUGACCUUAGAUCCUUCAAAGAACAAGUAUGUUAAGUACAUAUGUAACAUCCGUGCAAUUCAAGAUUACCUGUGCAAAAGAGCUGACAAACAUCUUGUUCCAAAGGUCAAUAAUACUAAUGUGGACAGGAGUGUGGAUUCUAUACAUGCCACAAUAUUCAGCUGUUUACGCAGGCGGGCAGGAGGUGAACCCCUCUAUGAUCAAGCAACAAAUACAGUCAAGGUUAUAGAUGAAGAAUAUCGUAAUCGGUGCACUGCAAAUUCACUUAGCUCAAAGGGUAUGUUUAAGCUUAUCCAGAGACAAGGAUCCUUCCGGCGCCUGAUGGCACUUGUAAAUACGGAUGGAUCUGUGGCAAAAGCCUGGCCAGUUGAUACAGUAGACAGUAAUGGUAAGCCUAUCUCAAACCAUGGAAGCGAUAGUUGCAUCGGAAGCCCCGUGUAUGGACCUUUGGAAAUUGAAAAAGAAGAACCUGUUAACCUUCAGUUCGGUAAUUUUGGUAUUAGUUCCUGGUCUAAUGACACAGGUGGAACAAGCUAUGCCAGCAGCAUUGAUGGUAACGAAGUAACCAGCCAUUAUUCUUCAUAUUCAAACUCACCCAGGCAUUCUGAUGGACCUGCAAAAGAGCUUACUGAAGAACUGCCCGUACCAGGCAGUGAUGAAGAAGUAGAUGAAGCGCCUCCCAUUGACACUGAGGAUGACCUCAGUGACUCAGGCAUCCAGCAGGAGGACGAGUUACAAGGCUCUGUUGACGAGGAAUCGGCAAGGUCAGAUGAAGGAUACGAAGAUAUGGCCACUUUUGAUGAACAAGAUGGUGGCUAUUGGUCAGACGAUCCAGAAGGUGAACAAUCUAAAGAAAAUUUAGAGAAAUAUGGGGUUGAAGAAAAAAGUUCAAAAGUUGUGCCUCUUCCGGCAUGGAAGAUGCAAAAUUCUGGCGAUGAUAUCCAAUUUUUUGAUACGAAUUGCAAAUCUUUUGAUAAGCCUAUUUUGAAUGAUUCUUCAUUACGAUUUGAAUGCUUUUCAAGUUGUCCAUCUAUUAAACCUUGCAGAACUUCACCAUCUCUUACUUCACAGCACCGUACAGUUCCUAGUCGAUCUCAAGGUACCCCCUGCUUUGAAAGUAUACCGAAUAAUUUAACGGAAUGAUUAUUUGAGGUUGCAAGUGGUCCAUGUUGACCAUAAAAGUAAAUGAUUUGUCUAUAGGAACACUUGUUGCAAAUGAAAUCAUGGUUGGCAUCAUUUUUAAAUAGGUGAAAGUUGAAAGGGUGAGCUUCACAUUUUA